UACAUCUCAAAGGGAUAGAGUAGCUUAGGUUAUUUCUACCCUUUAAAUGAACCUUUAAAUAUCCACAUAAUAUUAAAGGGACACAGCUGAGCCAAUCAGCAGAAUUUAUUCUUGAGGCGGCAAGCUCAAACUAACCUAUCAGGGCGGAGCCUCUCCAGCUGCCGGACCAAUUAGAACCCGCCAUCCCCCCAGCUGACUUGAGUCAAGACAACUUUUCCCGCCAACACUGCAAGCAGCAGCAUCAACACAGGAGCCUCUCGUGGCGGGUCUCAAUCUUCCGUCUUCCCUGCUCUCCUGCCGGCUCUGGGGGAUUACCAACACUCAUAUUAAUAAGAUGCCUGGUAAACAAGAAGUAAUUGAAUUUCCCAUUCGGAAGACGAGGUCCUUAAAAUCUGAUAAAAUAAUUUCAACAGAAACAUGUCUGAAUGUCAGAAGUUCUCGUGCCAAAAGCAGAUUGGUUAAGAAUUCAACAAAGUCACCUAACAAGACCGAUAAAUUUUCCAGACUUGAAGAUGUAUCUAGCAGCCAUAGAAAAUCUACACAAAAUGCAGAAAUAUCUUCCGCUCACACCAAUGAGUUUGGAAGUCCACGAAGAUCAUCAAGAAAGAAGAGUACCUUGUGUGUUUCUACUGAUAAUUGCAAUAGUCCAAAGAGAUCUUUAUUCGGGACAGUAUCUGAAGCCGCUAUUAUAUGUAAAAGUCCAGAGAGACAACACGGUCCUAGACGAGAGUGCUCGCCUAACCAAGGUGAUACGUCUUGUAGCCAGAAGGGGGUAUCCAACAGGGCAGCUGUACCUACAGGACAUAAUGAGCAAGUUGAGGUCGAGAAGGGAUUGGUGACGCCUAGCAAACGAACAAGUUUACCAUUGUCAGAGUGGGAAAAUGAAUUGAACUCGCCUAAAAGAAUGAUUGUUCUUCUACAUCAACUGCCUCUGGAUAGUACAAAUAUCACGCCAUCUAAAGCUUGUCGUAAGCUGAUGCCAGACAUUUUAACCGAGGAAAAUAGUAAUUCUCAUUUCUCUACUAAGGAUACAAAGAGAGAACUAUCAAGUCCAGUCAGGUUUUCCUCUCUGGAUAGGUCUUCAACUACUGCAGACAAUAGAAUAACAAAAUUGCAGACUCCUCAGAAAUCCUCACUUUCUGCAUCCACAUCCAAUAUUGCCAAAUGUGACUCUCCAAGUAAUAUAAGCAGAGUGAUCUUUAAGAGUCCAUCAAGGCCUACGGUAAAGUGUCUUAAUAUGAACAGUCCUGUGAAAUCGCCUCUUAAACGUCUUGAUGUAAAUUUUUCAUUGAGGUCACCUCUGAAGCGCUUAGAUGAUAGUCCAAGGAGAUCACCACGGAAGUUCAACCAAGAAAAUAUAUUCAGCCCACGCCGAAGCCCAAGAAAAUUGGCAUUGUCUCCCACAAAAGUUAACAGCCCAUCAUCACUUGUGUCAAAACUCUCUCUAACUAGUCCAAGCAGAAAUAUGAAAGACAUAGCUGUUGGGCUUUUUAAACCCGAUGUGACUGCUUACCGUGCAGUACGACAGUGUUUAAACACUGGCACUCCUACAGUACUGGUUUGCCGUGAAAAGCAAAUUGGUGAAAUGGAGGAUUUUCUUAGCCACCACUUGAAGAAUGCUUUGCCUGGGUCACUUUACGUCUCUGGAGCUCCAGGCACUGGGAAAACGGCUUCUUUGAACUCCAUUAUCAACAGUUUAGAGGUAACCAAGAUAAAAAAAAUAUUCCUGAACUGCAUGACCCUGAAGACAUCAGGUGCCAUAUACAAAACCAUAGUUUCAGGGCUUGGUCUCAAGCUGUGUGGAACAGAGAGAGAGAAUAUGCGGACCAUUGAGAAGGCAAUAACAUCGUCAAAAUGCCCAAUAUUGAUUAUGCUUGAUGAAGUGGACCAGUUGGAUAGCAAGAAUCAAGAGGUCUUGUACACAAUAUUUGAGUGGCCAGCACUUGCCGGCUCCACACUAGUGCUAGUGGGCAUAGCCAAUUCCCUCGACCUGACAGACCGAAUUUUGCCCAGACUUCAGUCAAGACCCACCUUCAAACCUAAGUUGCUUCACUUUCCACCAUACACCAAGGCCGAGAUCAUCAAAAUUAUCAAUCAAAGGAUUGAAGAGGCUGGCCUAGGGAACAUGCAAGUGAUUCGACAAAGUGCUAUUCAGUUUCUGGCUAUGAAAGUAGCUUCGGUAGCAGGUGAUGUGCGAAAAGCCCUAGACGUAUGCAGACGAGCAGUGGAACUCUGUGAAAUUCAAGCACGCAGGCAAAGUGUAUUGAAGCCCUCUAAUGGGAGUCCUCGGAAAUCCCCACGUAAACAGGAGAAUGCACCACUGAAAAUGGUUGAAAUACCUCAGGUUAUGUCAAUCUUCAAUGAGGUUUAUGGGUCGCGUGUAAUCACUGCUGUAACGGAUGCUCCUGAUAGUUUUCCUCUUCAGCAGAAGGUGUUAAUAUGCAGCCUUCUCCUUAUCCUCAAACAUGGCAAGACAAAAGGUGUUACACUGGGGAAGUUCCAUGAGGUUUAUACGCGGGUGUGUAAGAAACGUCAAAUGCCUAAUAUGGAUCAGACAGAGUUUCUGUCAGUGUGUGUGUUGCUAGAGUCCCGGGGAAUGCUUCAGGUCAAGCGUGCCAAGGAAAUUCGCAGCUCUAAGGUUGCUCUAAGACUGAACGCAGAAGAAGCAGAGCGCACACUCGGUGACCGGAGCCUCCUGGCCAGUGUCCUGGAAGACAAGGAAAGUUUAGGGAAGUUGUGUAAAGUUUAGCUUCUUAACAUUUAGAUAGACAAAAAACAUUAGUUUUGUAUUACAGUAUUUAUUUUUAAAAAGCAAGGCAAGAUUUUAUGGCAUAAUGCUGCUCUUAAUUUUUAUAUGCAAUUAACCGUGCCAUAUUGGCGUCAUUGUGGAGAAAUGGAAGAGAUUUGAGAGCGGGCACUGAUUAUUAAGGCCAGAUUAGUGUCUAAUAUAUGUAUAUACUGCACUUAUUUUAAUCACUUUCAUUUGAAACAGAUAAAUUUUAUUGUGAUGCCAGUAAUAAUUUUUUCUGUAAUAUUUAAUUUCCAAGUAUUGAGAGGUAUACUAUGCAUGUGCUCUUGUAUUUAUUGUGCUUAGUUUUAUUGUAUUUUAUCAAACCAAAGAUGACCCGGAAAAUAUUAAUAUUUCUGAAAAUAAUUGCAUGGUCUAUUCAGACUGCUCAUUUAAAUAAUUUUAGUUAUUUUAUUCAGAAUAAUUGUAUUUGUACAAACCUUUGAUUUGUUUUAAUAUUUUAUUAAAUAUUUCAAUAAA